AUGAUAACAACAAGAAUACGUCCAAUUAUGAAUAACACAAGUACUCACACUAACACCAAGACAUCAACCACGAUAUUAGCAAAAAGGUCAGCAACAGCAACAACAGCAACAACUUCUAUUCCCAAACAGUCAUCUAUGUCAGGCCAAUCUAAGCAUGCCAUACUAAUCCCAUCAGCAUUGAAUUCAUUAUUGCAUACUGAUAAACAAAUCAAAUAUCAUUUCUAUAGUCUUGGAGGUGAUUUCAUUAGAUUGGCUUCUUAUCGAAGAUUCAAACAGUUAUUUCAGGUUGGUGGUGGUUCAUUAGUUAAACAAUUUGUUUUUGAUUUAUCGACAUUUUUAAAAGAAGAGUUGAAUGAUAUAAAUUCUUUAAGACAUCACCAAUUGAAGAAUUUUUUGACUUGUAAUAAGACUAUUUUAGAAAAAGAAAAGUCCAUGACUUUAUGUGAUCAUCAUUUUGGUUUAAAGAAUUGGCUUUACAUAAUAUUUGGUUAUAUGUUACAGAAUUAUAAUGAACAAGAAGUCAAUAAUUGUUUGGAUCAGUUGGUUUCCAUGUAUUUGGAGGCAAGAAGUAAUCGAUUCUCAAUUAAUGAUAUUCGAAUAAUCCGUGAUGAAAGAGAUCAGUUUAUUUUAUCUACUUUUGAACAAUAUUUACUUGAUGUCCCCGUUAGAAAUGAUUUAUUAUAUAAUGAUAAUGGUGACAAUAAAGAUGUGAAUUAUAUUAUCUUGAGUAAUAUCAAACAUCACAAACACUCAAAUAAGAAUGCUACCAUUGCCAGUAAUAAAGAUAACAAUACAACAAAUCGAAUUAAUUUACCAAAAUUACCCAAAAUUAAAGAUAAAUCAUUAUUGGUAAAAUCUUUAAUGCAUAAAGAGUUCUAUCGUGUAUUAUUGGAUCCAAAUCAUUAUUUUGGUAAAAAAAUGUUGGGUCGAAAUUAUUCAUUAGAUCCUCAAGAUUAUUCAUUAAUUCGUAAAGAACUUUCAAUAUUGGAUGGAUUGGGUGAUUUAUUCUUAGCUCAAGAAACAUCAAAGCUAAUUUAUGAAUUAAUAUGUCAGAAAAAUCAUAUUAAUAUUAAUAGUAGUACUACUUAUCAAUUAUUAAAAAUUAUGUUGGCAACAAAUACUUUAAUGGCAAAAUUGACUAAAGCUUAUAAUUUAUAUCAAGGGUUGGAUGAUUCCAUUAUAAAUAAGCGUAUUGCUAAAGAAUGGUUACCAUUCACCAUUUUAGGUGAAACCCCUCCUCAUUCAGAAUCUUCUGAUUGGCAAUCUAAAGAUGAAAUUCGAAUCUAUGAAGAAGAAUUCUUGGGUGAUUUUUUUGAAAGUUAUAUGGCAGCAUUAUUGAUUGAACAACCAGAAGUUGCAAAAUCUUUUAUUAGAGAAAUAUAUCAUCGAAUAUUAAUGGUAAUGACAGAAACUUUACCUCCAGAUAUAACUUAUCAGACUUGGACUAGUAAUAUAUUGGGAAGAAAUAUUUAUAGGAAAAAAAGUGAAUCAAUUCAAUGCUGA